GUCACUGCUGCACACACUCUGGCUCCAAAUGACAUCACCAGAACAAGAUGGCAGCGCUCGUGUCGGGGACGUGUAGGCUUCGCUUUUGUGCACUGGGAGCAAGUGGAGACACGUCCACCAUCUUGAUAUGUUUCAUUUCACUGUAAUUGAUGGGACUUUUGAGGCUACAGGGUUUUCACAAAGCACGGAGGACAGGAACAGGGCGGGUCAGAGGGGGGCCGAGCCUCAGGACCCCCUGACAGGUUCAUCUGGCCACACCUGAGGAGGAAACUUUCAGGUUUUUGAUGUCCAGCUUCAAAGUGGGAUGCAGUAACUGCAGUGCGUCCAUAAGAAAAGCCCUGAAGUCUCUCUCUUCAGCCUUUGGUUGAGUGCUGCUUCCUUGUGAAAACCUUUAAAUAGAUUCAGCCUGGCGGCCCCAGAAAGUUUCAAGUGCAGUAAUUUCAUUAUGGGCUGCAGGCUUCUCUCCACUACGUGAUUGAUAAGAACAUGUAAUCAGAAGCUGCGCUCUCCAAUCAGCGCACUCUCUGAUUUCGAUUUCACUUUUUCUUUCUGUUUUUUUCAGAUUCCGGAGGAACACGUCAUGUGGUGAGCUCACGUUAGCAGUCCGUGGGGUAUUUAAGGAGCGCGUCCUCCCCGCCUGGCAGAGCCGAGAACCCACAGCCCGAUCCGGGACCGCGUGUGACAGCGCGCGCGUGUGAGUGUGAGUGUGUGUGUGUGACAGCGCGCGCGCCCGGCCGCAGCCGAACCGUCCGGAGGUCUGAGGUGGGCGGAGACUGAACCCAGAGGUCCUCCCGUCCGCAGCGACGCACCGCGCAUUUCGGACUCCCUCACCCGUCCGAGGAAGGAAACAUCAUGGCAACGACAACUUGUACGCGUUUUACGGAUGAAUACCAGCUGUACGAGGAGCUUGGCAAGGGGGCCUUUUCGGUGGUGCGCCGCUGUGUCAAGCUCUGCACGGGCCAAGAAUACGCCGCCAAAAUCAUCAACACCAAAAAGCUGUCGGCCAGAGACCAUCAGAAACUGGAGAGAGAAGCCAGGAUCUGCCGAUUGCUCAAGCACCCCAACAUCGUUCGCCUCCAUGACAGCAUCUCAGAGGAGGGCUUCCACUACCUCCUCUUCGACCUGGUGACAGGAGGCGAGCUGUUCGAGGAUAUUGUGGCCAGGGAGUACUACAGUGAAGCAGACGCCAGUCAUUGCAUCCAGCAGAUCCUGGAGGCCGUGCUCCACUGCCAUCAGAUGGGGGUGGUACACAGAGACCUCAAGCCGGAGAACCUGCUGCUGGCCAGCAAGUGUAAGAACGCAGCAGUGAAGCUGGCUGACUUUGGACUCGCCAUAGAGGUUCAGGGAGACCAGCAGGCCUGGUUUGGCUUCGCUGGGACCCCGGGCUACUUGUCCCCCGAGGUGCUGAGGAAGGAGGCGUAUGGUAAACCCGUGGACAUCUGGGCGUGUGGUGUGAUCCUGUACAUCCUCCUGGUCGGAUACCCUCCGUUCUGGGACGAGGACCAGCACAAACUCUACCAGCAGAUCAAAGCCGGAGCGUACGAUUUUCCCUCCCCCGAGUGGGACACGGUGACUCCGGAGGCUAAAAAUCUGAUCAACCAGAUGCUGACGAUCAACCCAGCCAAGAGAAUCACUGCCCAGGAGGCUCUGAAGCACCCGUGGGUCUGCCAACGCUCGACGGUGGCCUCCAUGAUGCACCGACAGGAGACGGUCGAGUGCCUGAAGAAGUUUAACGCCAGGAGGAAACUCAAGGGCGCCAUUUUGACCACCAUGCUCGUCUCCAGGAACUUCUCUGUGGGCCGGCAGACCACAGCCCCGGCCUCCGUCAGCGCCGUGGCUGGAACCGCCGCCGGCAUCGUGGAACAAGCAGCCAAGAGUCUCCUCAACAAGAAGGCUGAUGUCAAGCCCCAGACUAACAGCACGAGAAACAGCAUAGUCACCAGUCCCAAAGGCAACGUCCCCUCAGCUGCACUGGAGCCUCAGACUACUGUCAUCCAUAAUCCAGUAGAUGGGAUUAAGGAAUCGUCCGACAGCAGCAACACCACGAUUGAGGAUGAAGAUGUGAAAGCUCGCAAACAGGAGAUCAUAAAGAUCACAGAGCAGCUCAUCGAAGCCGUCAACAAUGGAGACUUUGAGGCCUACGCGAAGAUCUGCGACCCUGGUCUGACCUCGUUCGAGCCCGAGGGGCUGGGUAAUCUGGUGGAGGGAAUGGACUUCCACAGGUUUUACUUCGACAACCUCCUCUCGAAGAACAGCAAGCCCAUCCACACCACCAUCCUCAACCCUCACGUGCACAUGAUCGGGGACGACGCCGCCUGCAUCGCCUACAUCCGCCUGACGCAGUUUGUGGACGGGCAGGGCCGCCCGCGCUCCAGCCAAUCAGAAGAGACCAGAGUAUGGCACCGCAGGGAGAGCCGGUGGCAGAACGUCCACUUCCACUGCUCAGGAGCUCCUGCUGCGCCGCUGCAGGGAUGAGGUAAAGGAGCCUGAUGAGGAGCACAGAGGGAAGAGGUGGGGGAUCGAAGCGAGCGUAGCGGCUCUGAGAGAGAUGAGCGGGUGGAUGGAGGGUGGAUGGCGGUCGGCCUCCUGCGCUCCCGCCUCGCUCUUCUCUCUCCGCCUCUCUACGACCUAGAACAUGGACAGUAACGCUCCCAUCGCCACAUCCGACGCUACAGCAGCCAAAACAAAAAGGAAACUCUUUAAGCCUGCGUCUCCAGCGUGUGGCUGCAGCCCGACACACCUGGACCACACCUGGACCACACCUGUCCUCCUUUGCUGUGUGCUGCCAGCCCUUCAGGGUGGCGUUUUACCCUUUUACUUUUCCUCCAAAGUUAUUGUUGCUCCAGUAUUCUAAUGGCUGCAGUCUGUUGUUGUGCUCUCAGCUGUACAGUAUAUUUCUCAGUUGUUCUGGUAUCUUCUUCUUCUUCUUCUUCUUUUUUAUGACAAGCAUGACUCUUACCUGUUGUCGUGCUGGCCCGCGGCUGCCUGUGCGAAACGAGCAAACAGCAGCACGUGUCUCGCAGAGGCAGAGAGACGGUGGGUGGAUUUAAUUGUCCCUUUUGUUUUGUUAUUCAGUGGAGCUUUUUGUUGUUGUUGUCGUUCUUUUUGUCCCUCUUUUCUGGAGUGUAGUUGACCCCGAACCGACGCCUCCGUGUGAACGCCGGACCCCCGCCGGGCUGAAAACCAUGCAGCAUGCUAACGUAUUACCCUACCUGGUUCUCUGUGUACUGCAAGUUAACUGCUGGUUAAACUAUAGUAUCAUGCUGUUAAUGUAAAUCUCCAGUUUCAUCGUGGUGACUUGACUAAAUUAUGCUGUAGAUGGUAUUUAAUUGCAUGAUUUAAUAACGAGUUAGUUGGUAGGCUUGGGUGUUUUUGUGCAUUUUGUUGACUUUUACUCUCUUUUGGAAUGAACUGUUGGUGAGCUGUAAUCUAUUACCUCUGUUUUCUGGGCUUGCAUAAACUACUUUUGUGUUAGCGUGGGAGGAUGCUGACGAGGAUCGUGACAGAAUUUGCCUUUGAGAGAUCCAGAUCAGCUGGAUCCAGAUCAGUUCUGAAGCGGCUCUUGACUUGAACCUGCAGUAAUCUUUUUAUUUGUCAAAACAAAUACACGGUGCAUUUUAAAGAGGCACUGACAGCGAAAAAUACUUUUUAUCCCCCAACGUGCAGCUCGAAGCAUCAGUAACAGCAGCCAUGUUUCCAGCUUGGUGACACUGCACCCACCUGCCCACAAGGGGGCACCAAACACACAUCAGAUGUGAGGUCUGUGAUGGUGACCGGAGUGAAUGUGAUGAGCCGAGUGAGAGGAAUGAAAGGCUCCGAGGUCACUUGGGCUCAGACGAUAUUCGCUGUAUUGUACGACGGCUUUGGCUCAGUUCUUACAACAGAGUCAGCACAAAAACGUAGAACCUGAGACCUGAGAGGACAGGUGGUUCAGGAGCCGUUCAUGUCACUUUCCAAACCAAAACCCCAGAGCGCUCUGCUCCUGGUUUCUCUGGAAAGAAGUUUUGAGCACUGACAGCCGAGUCAAAGCUGUCGUACGCUGCACGUUUUCAUGCCAGUUUGAACGCCAGCAGUCGUCCCGGCGUCAGCGUGGCGUCAGUGCUUUAACGGGAUCACUGCCCACUCAGAGUGUGAGGCCAGCAGGUCACGUUCAGCCUCCGGAUUCAUGUCCUCCAGUUCAGGAGAGCCAUAUGCUGUGUGUCAAACUGAUUUCUCUUUUUUAAAGUUAUUAUACUGAUGAUGAUGAUGAUGAUGAUGAUGAGUCCUCCGGUGUGCAUUGCAAGUCUUAUCAAUAUUAAAAUGUGAUCAGAUGUAAUCAGUGUGUGAACCAAUAAAACGACGAUGCAGAGAGCGUCUUCUCAUCUCU